CUGUGCAGGGCUGCAGUGAGCAUGCUCGGCCCCCCUGCCAGCAGAGGAAGCUGCUUUACAUACGAGUCAUACCACGCAUAGCCAGCAUGUCCGCGCAGUCAACUUGCAGCGGGAUGUGAGGAGAGCGCGCCUUUGUCCUCGGAAAUGUGCUUCGUGUUUUCCUUUUUGACUACUUUUUCAUCCCGAGACAGACUUGUAAGACUUCUGAAAUGAUUUUCUAAAGCUGGAUCGAGGCUAUAAUACAGUUACUGUGUUCCAAUCAGCCCUUGAAGGGUUUGUGUGAGUCUGAUUUUUGUGUGUAUGUAUUUUUUAAAAACAAAAACCCUUCACGUACUUUGUUUCGCCCUUCUGAGGCUGGGUCUCAGUGCUGGAGAAGUCUGAGAGCCUGGAGCUACUCAGCUGCGGUUGAAUUUUGAAACUCUCUUUGGGGGUGAAAGCAAAGAGCUGGUCUUCUUUGCUAGCCCGAUAAAUGCUGUUUAUGAAGAUGGACCUGCUCAACUACCAAUACUUGGACAAGAUGAACAACAAUAUCGGCGUUCUGUGCUACGAAGGUGAAGCUGCCCUCAGGGGAGAACCCAGAAUGCAGACCCUCCCUGUGGCCUCUGCCCUCAGCAGUCACCGCACUGGCCCACCACCCAUCAGCCCCAGCAAGAGGAAGUUCAGUGUGGAGCCUGGGGAUGAGGACCUGGACUGUGAGAACGACCAUGUCUCCAAGAUGAGCCGCAUCUUCAGCCCCCACCUGAACAAGACUGCCAACGGAGACUGCCGUAGAGAUCCCCGGGAGCGCAGCCGCAGCCCCAUCGAGCGGGCCACAGCCCCUGCCGUGAGCCUGCAUGGUGGCCACCUGUAUGCAUCCCUCCCUAGCCUAAUGGAGCAGCCCCUUGCACUGACCAAGAACAGUGGGGACACCGCCAGGCCUGCUGGCCUCUCGCCUACCCUCACUCCCGUGGAGCGGCAGCAGAACCGGCCCUCCGUGAUCACCUGUGCAUCUGCAGGCGCCCGCAACUGCAACCUCUCACACUGCCCCAUUGCGCAUAGCGGCUGUGCCACGUCCGGGCCUGCCAACUACCGGAGACCACCCAGCGCAACUGCCACCUGUGACCCUGUGGUGGAGGAGCACUUCCGUCGGAGCCUGGGCAAGAACUACAAGGAGCCUGAGCCGGCACCCAACUCUGUGUCCAUCACUGGCUCUGUGGACGACCACUUCACCAAAGCUCUAGGUGACACAUGGCUUCAGAUCAAAGCCGCCAAGGACAGCGCGUCCAGUAGCCCAGAGUCAGCCUCACGCAGGGGCCAGCCUGCCAGCCCUUCUGCCCACAUGGUCAGCCAUAGUCACUCCCCCUCUGUGGUCUCCUGAAGGGGCUGCUACCCUCUAAUCACACAGGGAUCUGCAUGGUUUGCCUGAGCUUUGAACAGUCAGUGCUUAAAAAACAGAAAGAAAGAAAAAAAAAAAAAAAAAACCCUUGGGGGGGGGGGAGGGGGGGUUUAUUCGCAAAACCAUGUUGUCUGGAUUUUUGUUCUGUUUUUGUACUUGCUUGGUGUUUGUACAAGGGGCCUCAACAUGGCAACAGGGACCGCACGGAGCAUUGGUCCAGUGGAGCAUCCUCGCUCUCUGCCUCGGUUACCAAAGAAACCUCUGCAGGUCUGUGGCCCGGCCCGGCAGCUGGGACCCUGCAGCCCUUUCUCGGUCACAAGCCAUGAUGUCAUGGGGAUCUGGGUGCUUUGUGCUCUGUUUUGCUUCUUGAGACCAGGUGUGUGGUUCAGUAUCUAUGCGCACGCCUGCUUGAAGAGAACUGUUGUGUCUGAUUUGCACUAUAGAGGAAGGCAAGGCUGCCCAUUGGGCAGCUUCCAGUGUGAUGCCAGUGCUGAGGGCAAACUGCUGAGGGACACUUGUGACCAUGUGUGCUUGUGUUGUUGCUGAAUUUGGUGGGGUCUAGAUCCUCCUCUCUAGACUUGAGGUGCUCGAAACUGGACUGCAGACUCCCCCACCAUGGGCAUUUACCUUCUCUGAACACUGCAGUGUGUGAGGCUAGUGCCGAGGCUGGAGGUUCCUAGUGCUUCCGAUGUGGUGUGUGUCUUAAAGGAGAAGAAAAAUAGCUGGUUUCUAUUAACUGUAAACGCAGACCAUAGUACUGACUGGCUUCCUGUCAGAAUUAGCUUAUCUUGUCAGUUACAAUCCUAGAUACUCACUGCUGGUACAGUUGUGCUCUAAGAUGUGUAUUCGACAUUCAUUAACCCACUAGGAGCCCUUGAGAUUAGCUGUACCCAGUCAGUGGGUGUGGCAGCCUGGGGCCAUUUGUGGGCUGAUUUUUCUGCACCCUGGGCUGGGGACUUGGUUCUGUUCUUCCGUCUCCUUGAUACACAGACUGCUCCCUUCCAACUCUUGGCCAAACAGCAGAAAUCUGACAGUCUGCAACAUGGGGCUUUGUGCACGUUCCUGUGUAUCCAGGGCCAAGGCAGUACACAUUCCUCCAACUAUACCCUUAUUCCUGCAUCACUCGUGCCUGCUCUAUUAAUAGCUAACUAGACAUUAGAAGCAAGCAGGACAGACAUGGCUGGUGAUGCCCCAGAGCUGCUGCUCCUCCUGGCUGUGAGCAUUUCUGUCCCCCAGCCUGGCCUGCUAAAGAGCUAGGACAUCACCUGGCCAGGUGACACAGGCUAGGGCCACCCCUGCAAGGCAUUAUGGACUCCCACAUACAGGAGCCCGUGGGGCUGGCUGACUUUCAGGAGGAGGAAAACAGGUUAGCUGUUGAACUUGGGGAACUGGCACCGGUGAAAAGGUGGGGACUGGUUCUCAUAGUCACAGGGUGGCUACAGGCCUUUACAAAAGCGGAUAGCCCUCCUUCCCCCACACACAGCUCACUUCACUCUCCUGGGCCUCCAAGCUUUGGCCUUCGGGCCCCUAUAUUUUCUGUAGGAAAAAAAAAUUUUGUUGAGAACACUUUUUUUAUAUAGGUAACUUUAAAGACCAUCAUUACGCUGUGCGUAAAGAAUGUACAGAGAAAUUUGUAGGUAUUUUUUGAAGAACAAUUAAUUUGUUAAUGAUAUGUAGCUAUUUAAUUUUUCCCUUUCCUAUCGUAAUCAUUCAUAUUUUUGUUUGGAAAAAAAAAAAGUUGAUCUUUUUUUGUUGUAGAUGUGUCUGUAAAGGUGCAGGAACAGUCACUCCAUGAGAACACUGCGUCCGCAUUAAUAGCCACUAGUUUGUUAUUGCUACAGGCUACUGAGCGUUGUCACAGGAAAACAACCGCACCGCGGACCGGCUCUGUGGGCAACGGGCUUCAGACACCUGCCAGUGAGCGGGGUCAUCACUCUGGGAGGGGGACGGCAGUGCCGGUAGUCCCCGGUACGCUGACCUAUCUGGGAUAGGCCAUGCCCUGGAGGGGGGGCAGUGGAACAUCACAUGUCACCUGAGGAGAGUGCCACCUUUCUCCCCAGAGUCAAGCCAUGCUGACCCCUCUCCAUGUCUGUAAAUCUGUAAUAUACCAAUCUCUGUGGCCUGUUUUUCCUGGAAGAAGAAAAAAAAAAGGUUUGGCAGGCCAUCUUUUUUUUGUACUUAAAAGUAGCCUUAAGAACAAUAAAGUGCUCUUAAACCA